GUAUGUCUUUUCAUUCCUCCAGCUCUCGUCGUGCGCUUCCUGACCAAACGAUUUAUCUGGGAGUAUGACCCAACUCUAGAGUCUACAUAUCGUCACCAAGCUACCAUUGAUGAUGAAGUGGUUUCCAUGGAGAUACUGGAUACAGCUGGUCAGGAGGAUGCUAUUCAGAAAGAAGGACAUGUGCGAUGGGGAGAAGGCUUUGUCCUGGUCUAUGACAUCACGGACAGAGGCAGCUUUGAGGAAGUUCUACCACUCAAGAACUUGUUGGAUGAAGUUAAAAAACCCAAAAAUGUCACUCUCAUCCUGGUGGGGAACAAAGCAGACUUGGAUCACUCCAGGCAGGUCAGCACAGAGGAAGGUGAAAAGCUGGCCACAGAACUAGCAUGUGCUUUUUACGAGUGCUCUGCUUGCACAGGAGAGGGCAACAUUAUGGAGGCCUUCUAUGAGCUCUGUCGUGAGGUACGGCGUCGAAAGAUGGUCCAGGGCAAGACUCGGAGACGAAGCUCCACCACGCACGUCAAGCAGGCUAUUAAUAAGAUGCUUACCAAAAUCAGCAGCUAAAAAGAUCUGUACUAAGCCAGAAAAGCAUUAUAGAGCAUAUUAGCUUGUGGUAGGGACAAGGCAGGCAGAGCACAUUUAAUAAAAAAUGGUCAAAGCUUUGCUAUUAAAAAAAUAGAAAACUGAAACCACACCACUUUUUGAGUAGCAUGGAAUCAGACUUCUUCCUGUUUCAAAAUGUAUUAUAGCCACACUGCUUUGGGCUAACGUGGAAAAAACAAACAAACAAAAAAACUCCAAAGGACUAAAUGAUUGUAGGGGUUGGCACUUACAGAGUAUUUUCUGCUUCUACAAGGCUGGCUCCAAUCCCCUGCAAGUCAGUAGUGCCUAAACAUCAUUCCCAGCCAGCCAACUGCUAAGUAGCCACUUACUUGGAGAGUAAGACUCAGUCUUCAGUCCAGCAACAACCAUCACAACUGGUAAUCUCAAGGACUGAGGCUGCUGUGUUGUACCAGAAGGUUCAUCUGACACCUUUCACCAGCUCUAAAUUGGUGCAUUGUGUGCUUUUACUCCAAACAGUCCUCCCUUGUUGUUAUUUUGUCAGAUCUAUGAGUGCUGAUGUUCUAAGCAAGUUAUGCAAAAAAUACAGUAAAGGUCUUUUUCAUGGAAUGUUUAGCUAGCAAGACAAACAUUUCAAUGGAGCUAAAGUUCAGCUGCUUUUUGAGAUCCUCUAAAACUACAGAAUUCAUCAAGAAAUAAUCAGCUAGUCCAGUGGCAUUUCAGCGUUUCCUCCUUGAAGUACAGUACUGUACUUGGGGAAAUGGGAGUGAAUUCAUCGGGAAAUUAAACUCUAAAAAUAACCACAUUUCUGUUGAUUUCAUUAUGGGUAGUUUUUAGCUUUUGUUUUAGAUUUAUUUCAAUUCAAGUAGUUUCCCUUGCUCUAUCUUCUACUGAAGAAAAACUUAAACCAUAGGAAGGCAAAUGUUUAAAUUCUGAGCCCAAAUGUAUGUAGGCUGCUCUGAAAGUAUCGCCUCCUAUUUUUUUUUCCAUGUAAAGUGACAAAAACUACAAAGAGCACAAUAGCACUAUUUGAAAGAGAAAAUUCUCAGCUACUAACACUACUUUUCAACACAGUUACCACCAUCAGUUGAUUUAUGCAGAUGAGUUGAUAGAGAUACUCUUCAUUUCAUGGUGUGACAGCUGUGCAUGGCCAUCUGGAACUUGGCUUGUCUUUCAUGUCUCUGUCACCAUUGCAGAAACGCACC